CACAGAGAGCCACCAUGGAGUCUGGGAAGCACACGAGAUCACAAGUAGACCCCACCGUGCGGGAAGCCUACCUGAUGGCCCACGAUUACAUCGAUUAUGUGACCAAGGCCCCAGGGGUCUCAGGACGGCCACCGUCAAAGGCAUGUGCAGCGCUGCGACAUGCAGGGGACACUUUGAUCCACAGGUUUCCUCUGUUCUUCAAGCGCUGGCCUCGACUCUUCCAGGAGGUGACCGAGGACAACGCUGCCACGACGCUCAUCCAGAUCCUGGAGGAGCACUUUGGGCCUCAAGUGGCCGGAGGCCGCACUCGGGAGCUGCCCUGGAGUGCCAUCCUCUCCAUCUACAUGCUGGCUGGUCAGAUGGCACAGCACUGCCAGGAGCGCGGACUGCAAGGCGCACUGCCCGUCCUAAAGGAGAGAGUGGGCGAGUAUGUGGAGAGGACCGUGUGCCCGCAGCUCAGACAGAAGGGAGGUUGGUCUGGCUUUGAGGCCCGCUACGGUGAGAAGGAAGACCCCGAGAGGAUGGCCAUCAGAGUCUGCUGCGGGACUCUCGUCUUGCUGGCUGCUGCCAUUCUAACCUACUUCUUCUGGAAGCGUCGACCACCUUGGACAUCCUGAAAGGUCAGUCAGUGAGC